UGAGCGUCCCGCGCCGGUCUGGGAUCUCGGCGGUGGCUCUUACCUUUGCCCGCUGACCAAAAAGCUACUGCUGCUGCAGUCAUGUCUCACCAGACCGGCAUCCAAGCUAGUGAAGAAGUCAAAGAAACCUUUGCCAGAGCUAGGAAUGGCCAAUACAGAUUUUUAAAAAUAGUUAUUGAAAAUGAGCAGCUUGUUAUGGGAUCUGCCAGGCAGCCUGGUGCAACCUGGGAAAAGGAUUAUGAUUCCUUUAUUCUCCCUCUGCUUGAAGACAGACAGCCAUGUUAUAUACUGUACAGAUUAGAUUCUCAGAAUGCCCAAGGAUAUGAAUGGAUCUUUGUUGCAUGGUCACCAGAUCAUUCUCCUGUUCGUCAAAAAAUGUUAUAUGCGGCUACUCGGGCAACUUUAAAGAAAGAGUUUGGAGGUGGGCAUAUUAAAGAUGAAGUAUUUGGAACAAACAAGGAGGAUGUUUCAUUAAAUGGUUAUCAGAAAUACCUGAUGACUCAGUCUUCCCCUGCUCCUCUGACGGCAGCUGAAGAAGAACUUCGACAAAUCAAAAUUAGUGAGGUACAAACUGAAGUCAGUGUUGAUACUAAACAUCAGACUUUGCAAGGAGUUGCAUUUCCAAUAGCUCAGGAUGCCCUCCAAGCACUAGAAAAAUUGAAAAACAAGGAGCUUAACUACGUGCAGUUGCAAAUUGACAUGAACAAUGAAAUUAUUGUCCUGGCCAAUACACUUCCAACUGAAUUGAAGGACUUGCCAAGAAGAAUUCCUAAGGAUUCUGCACGAUACCAUUUCUUCCUCUACAAACAUUCUCAUGAAGGGGACUACUUGGAAUCCACAGUUUUUAUCUACUCUAUGCCUGGUUAUGCGUGUGGUAUACGAGAACGGAUGCUUUAUUCUAGCUGCAAGAGUCCUCUCCUAGAAAUUGCAGAAAGACAGCUGUGGAUGCAGAUCAUUAGAAAGAUUGAAAUAGAUGACGGAGAUGAGCUAACUGCUGAUUUUCUCUAUGAAGAAGUCCAUCCCAAACAACAUGCACACAAACAGAGUUUUGCUAAGCCGAAAGGGCCUGUGGGGAAAAGAGGAAUCCGAAGGUUGAUCCGAGGUCCAGCUGAAACUGAAACACCUACCGACUAAAUCAGUGUUUCUCAACCUUGGCAACUUUAAGAUGUGUGGACUUCAACUCCCAGAAUUCCCCAGCCAGCACUGAAGUUCACACAUCUUAAAGUUGCCAAGGUUGAGAAACACUGGACUAAAUGUUGCAAGUGUAUUGAGUGGAAAAGCAAAGCAUUAUAAUAGGACUGGGGGUGUAUGAAUGUGUAUGAAUCUUUAUAAUGAACUGAAAGCAUUCCACAGUGAUCUUUUCCAGCAGAAAAUAAGUCACUUUCUAUUGCACUUAUCUGGCUAUGCCACUAUAGAUCUUAUAAGGUUCACAGCCUGUGGUUGUAAUAUAUUCGUUCAAAACGAAAACACAACCUUGUAGAAUAUUACUUAUAUUCUAAAAGUC